CAUCCUCUGCGCUGGGAGGCUUCUCUCUCUGGCGCAGGAGGUUCAUUUGGGAAGCCCCGGUUGUCCCGGUCAGUCCGUGGAUGGGAGGCCACCAGGAGAGCCAACUCCAGGGCGACAUUCUUUCCUGACGUGAGAGAUUAAAACCCAAUCCUUACGCUCACAAUUCGAAAGACGAGUCUGGUUCAAAAUUCAAAAGGUUUAUUGCAAAGAAAUGGAAUAGAGGUUACCCAAUGGCUUGAGUACAAGGAGCGCAAAAACACAGAUUUCAAGCAAUACUGUUGUCUCCAAUUCGGGUCUGAGUUUGGUGCCGAAGCCGAUGAUGGACGCCAGACACGAGGUGCAGGUUUUCUGAAUGCUUUUUAUGGGAGGACUCCAAGGAAAAGGGUUCCUGGUCAAAAGGCCAAGAACAAAAGAACAAAGGAUUAAGGGAGCUUUGCACAUUUUCAUUAAAGGAGAAGGCGGGACAAGGUUUUAAGCGUUCUUGAGGCAACAUGAUAGAUCCUGUUGAAAACAAUUUGUUCGAUCUUCCUGAUUAUGAAAACACCCACGAUGAGACCUUUCAGCCCCUCCUCCCCCCAGACUCUCCAGGGGGGGCAGCUGAAGAUGCCUUACUCAAUGGAGAUCCAGAGGGAAAUCAGUUGACACAAAGCAAGGAUUCUUCUGUGACCACAAGAAAAGCUGUUAAAAGAACAAUACCCAGAUUAGAUGCUCAAAGAUUGAUUUCAGAGCGCGGACUUCCAGCUUUGUGCAAUUUGUUCGACAAUGUAACGUUCAAAGGUAAAGGUCACGAGGCAGCCGACCUGAAGACGCUUAUAAGGCACAUGGAACAUUGGGCCCACCGCCUCUUCCCCCAACUUCAGUUUGAAAACGUUGUGGAGACAAUAGAGAGCUUGGGAAAUAAAAAACCUGUUCAGGCGUCCUUAAAGAGAAUUCGACUUGAUCUCCCUCUUUCGAACGAAGACUUCAGAAAUCAUGAAGGUGAAGAUGAGACCAACAGACUAAGCCCAGCCACCGAGGAACCAGCUUUCCUUCCCGAAACGCAGAAUACCCCCAAAGAAUCUGGUUCUCCAUCUUUAAGUCCUGCCCUGACCGAGGAGCAACAGCAGAGAAUUGAAAGGAACAGACGAAGAGCCCUUGAAAGAAGACAAGCCAAAAACCAGCUCAGUCAAUCUCAGAGUGAUGAGUUGCCUACAAAUGAAGAAUACGGCACCCUUACAGCUCAGGAGGAGGACGAGGUCUGCAUAGACCAAGCUGGUGUUCCUUUUCAAGCUACCGAGGACACGCAAAGUGGUACAGAGCAAGUGACUUUUUAGUUGUGCGGAAUGGGAAUUUCAGCAUAGUUUUGUUUUUACUGCAAUUUUAGAUGUCAGGGCUGGUUAAUUUGGCAGCUACUAUAAUUUUUAGUGUUUUCUGUUAUGCCAACGUUUUAAAGAAGUGUUUUCAUUUCAGCGGAAGAACAUUUUAAGCUUUAAAGCAACAUUUGUACAGCAAACGUUAAUGAAAACUAUACAUAAAAGUCAAAUGAUGCUAUAUUUCUACAAUUUAAAUCUUUUAUAACUUUCCCAUUGUGAAAUAUUUGUAAUUGCCCAUAUUUUAUACUAGAAAUGAAAAUAAUAAAUCUUGGAAACCAGAA